GACCUCAAAGUAAUACCAUUAAGUUUCCUGACUUUCUAAGAGCAUUAAUCAUUCUCUGCUCAUCACCAACCUGAUAAAAAUGGAAAAUACAAGUGAAGUUUGUGUAAGCGCAUUCUUUGACUCGGUUGAAAAUGAAAUGUGUGAAAUAUCUGAGAACUAUGAAAAACUCAACGAAGAUUGUGUUAGUAUUUUUUUCAACUCGUCGAAUGAUUCAGAACUCACCGAAAUCAUGGAAAAUUGCCUAUUGGAUUCUACAUAUGACAAAGAACUGUACGAAUUAUGUGAAAACUUUGAAAAUACUACGAUCCCAAUGGAACAAGCGAUUCAAACUGGUGGAGCUCUUAAACGAUCCAGUGAUUCUGAAACAAGUAUUGCUUCGAAAAGAGUGAAAUAUGCUGAUGCAACCUCAUCGUCCUCUGUUGAAAACUCUACUAUUUCACAUGAACAAAUUGAAGGUAAUAAAAUAAGAUGUGAUCUUUGUCAAAUUUAUAUUAACAAACGAUAUUUUUCUAGUCAUCUUAAAAGUAAUUUACAUAAAAAUAAUCAUUUAAAAUCACAUCCAUCUUUAUCAAAUGUUUCAAUAAUAGAUUCAGCUUUUGGACAAAGAAUAAUGUCUUAUAAAAUUGAUAGUAAAACUAAUAAUCCAUUAGAGUUACCAUUUAAAACGUCCGAGUCAUUUAUUAAUUCUAUAAAAAAUGAUAUUUUAUUGUUAAUCCAAGAGUCCAUCACAGAGCAUACAGUUGUGAAAGUAAAUUUUAUUUUACAUGCUGAAUUUGUACAGCAAACUAAAGAAAUAACUAAUUCUUUUGAUUUUCAAUCUUCGAACUAUAUACUUUUUCUUGGAGACGAUCUAAAUAUUUUCGUUUCAUCAUUAUGUGACACUUUUAAAGCCAAAAUAAGUUCUUUUGAACGAAAGGACAGCGGUUGGAGCUUAACAAAUAUUAAAUGUUUACAUAUGAAUGUGAAUAAAUUUAAUCCGCUUCGUGGUACAUCAUAUAUCGAUUUACCUCAAGAUAUAAAAGCAAAAAAAGCUAUAAUCAAUGUUAAAAAUGUUGAUCAUAUGUGUUUCAAAUGGGCAUUACUUUCUGCUUUAUAUCCCCCUCCAAAUAAUAAAACAGAUAGAGUCUCUUCAUACAGCAUGCAUAGUGAUAAACUCAAAUUCCAUGGUGUCUCUUUUCCAGUUAAAUUAACAGACAUAUAUAAAGUAGAAAACCAAAACAACAUAAGUAUUAAUGUGUUUGGUUUAGAAUUUAACAAAAAGGAGAAAUCACAUAGUAUUAUAGGACCUUUAUAUUUUACAAAAUCGUAUAAAAAAUCUCAUGUUAAUUUAUUAUUGAUUUCUAAUAAAACUAAUUCCCAUUAUUGCUAUAUUAAAAACAUGUCGCGUUUAUUAAGUAAACAAAUUUCAAACCAGGAACAUGCUAUUUAUAUAUGUGAUGGAUGUCUUAUACAUUUUCCUACACAAGAGAGGUUAGACAACCAUCGGAAAAAUGAUUGUUCCUGUGUAGUUACAAAUAUACCAAAUGGUGAUCCAACUAAAAAAAAUUGGUUUGGACAACCUUCAUCAAAUAGUAUAAUAAAGUUCGAUAAGUUCAAUAAAAAAUUAAAUAUACCAUUCGUAGUUUAUGCUGAUUUCGAAGCGUUUUUAAAACCAAUAAAUUCUUGCUCAAACGAUCCUACUAAACCUUUUACUGAGAAUAUACAAAAACAUGAGGUUUAUAGUUUCGGUUAUUAUAUUAAAUGUUCAUAUGAUGAUAGUCUCUCAAAAUAUGAAACAUACUGUGGACCAGAUUGCACCAAAGUAUUUAUGCAACGGCUCUAUGAAGACAUUAAAAUAAUAUGUAGAAAAAAUAGUUUUCAAAAAUGCCCAAACCCUCUUACAAGUCAAGAUGAAAAUAAAAUUGUAAAUUCUAGCAAAUGCCACAUAUGUGAAAGAAGUUUGAAUAAUGAAGAUAUUCUCGAUUUUGACUGGCAUACAGGAAAUUUCAGAGGUGUUGCACACGAAACAUGUGUUGCUAAAUAUCGCGCUCCACGUCAUAUUCCAGUUUUUUUACAUAAUCUUAGCAACUAUGAUGCUCAUUUCAUUGUUCAUGCUUUAAAUUUCGCUGAAGGUGAAGUCGAAUUAUUACCACAAAAUAAGGAAAGAUAUAUAUCGUUCUCAAAAAAAUUAAAUGUCAAUAACGGUCAAGUUAGCUUAAGAUUUAUAGAUUCAUUUAAAUUUUUACCAUGUAGUCUUGAACAAUUAGCUAAAAAUCUCAACAUACAUCAAUUUGAAUCAUUAAAAAGCAAUUUCCCUCAUAACGAAGAUUUUAUUCGUUUAAGGAAAAAAGGAGUUUAUCCAUAUGAAUAUAUGACUUCUUUUGAUAGUUUAAAAUUAACUUCACUUCCAUCUCAACCUCAAUUUUAUAGUUCUCUGACUAAUUCUAAUAUUUCUGAUGAUGACUAUAACCACGCAAAAGAUGUUUGGGAUCAUUUUCAAUGUCAAAAUAUGUUAGAAUACUCGAAUUUAUAUUUAAAAACUGAUGUCUUGUUAUUAACUGACGUGUUCGAAAAUUUCCGCAAGCUUUGUCUUAAAACAUAUGACUUAGAUCCUGCUCACUACUACACGGCUCCAGGAUUAAGUUGGGAUGCUAUGCUCAAAUAUACUGAGAUUGAGUUAGAGCUGCUAACAGAUUAUGAUCAAAUAGCUUUUAUUGAAUCAGGGAUAAGAGGAGGUAUAUCACAGUGUAGCAAUCGUCAUGCUAAAGCGAAUAAUAAAUUUAUGGAAGAUUAUGAUAAAGAUAAACCCGAUUCAUAUCUAACAUAUUUAGAUGCAAACAAUCUUUAUGGUUGGGCUAUGUCUCAGUACCUUCCUACCGGAGGGUUUGAAUGGGUAAGUACUGAAACAAAUUUUAAUGUAUCCGACACAUCCGAGUUGGGUUUUAUUCUUGAAGUUGAUUUAGAAUAUCCAAAUAUACUUCAUGACUUACAUUCCGACUUACCAUUGUGUGCUGAAAAUGUUCUAAUCGGAAAUUCGAACGAAAUCAAAUUAGUACCAAAUUUAAAUAAUAAAAUAAAAUAUAAAAUCCUCUAUAGAAAUCUUAAGCAAUGUAUUAGUCUAGGAGUAAAAUUAACAAAAAUCCAUAGGAUAUUAAAAUUUAAUCAAAGCCCGUGGUUGCAACGAUAUAUUGAUUUAAAUACAAAUUUGAGAACUUUAGCAAAAUCAGACUUUGAAAAAGAUUUCUUUAAACUGAUGAAUAACUCCGUAUUCGGUAAGACUAUGGAAAACAUAGAAAAAAGGGUCAAUGUCAAAAUGUUAACCCACUGGGAAAAUCGAGGUAAAGCUCUAGGAGCACAAGAUUUCAUUAGUAAACCAGAAUUUCAUAGCUUAUCGGUGUUUAACGAAAAUUUAGUAGCAAUACAAUUAAAGAGAACUAAAUUAAUGUAUGACAAGCCUAUAUAUCUAGGAUUUUGUAUUUUAGACAUAUCUAAAACUUUAAUGUAUGAGUUCCACUAUAACUACAUGUUAAAAAAAUUUAAAAAUAAUGUCAAGUUAUUGUAUUCUGACACAGACAGUUUUAUAUAUCAAAUUUUUACAAAAAAUUUUUAUGAAGAUAUUAAAUCUGAUCUGAUCAACUACUUUGAUACUUCAGAUUAUCCCCAUGAUAAUGUUUAUGGUUAUCCUAAAAUAAAUAAAAAGAAGUUAGGUUUAUUCAAAGAUGAAAAUAAUGGUAAGAUUUUAAGAGAAUUCGUAGGAUUAAGAUCGAAAAUGUAUGCGUUGGAUGUGGAUCAUAAAACUUUUGCAAAAGCAAAAGGCGUUAAUAAAAGUGUCACGAAAAACAUGACAAUGGAAAAUUAUAGAUCGUGUCUCUUUGAGAACAAAAUUCAAUACUGUACUAUGCUAAGAUUUCGUUCCAUAAAACACAUUAUUUUUACACAAAAUAUUAAUAAAACCUGUUUAUCAUAUAAUGACACGAAACGACAUAUUUUAGAAAAUAACAUUGAUACAUUAGCUUGGGGUCAUUAUAAAAUUAAAAAAGAUUAGUUUUAAGAGUUGAAUUUUAAUUUUGUAUAAAACAUUAUUUUACUUUACAUUUACUGUUUUCUAACUUUUAACUAGUUUUAAGUUUUGUAUUGUGACUUUAUUUUGUAUAUUUUGUAGUUUGAAGAUUGUUACUUACUUUUGUAAAUAUGACUACUUUUUAUUGUUUUAUUUUUUACUUUUAACUAGUUUUAAGAAUUUAGUUAUUAUAAUAUUGUAUAUAGAAUAUUUAUCUUUUCUUCGUGUUUAUAUUUUAAAAGUGAUAUAAAAUAAAAUCAUAUGUUGCAACUAAA